AUGGGCUGCGGCGCAUCCUCCCCCGCGGGCGGCCUCUCCGAAGCCGCCGUCGCCGUCGCGGGGCCCUCCGUCGCCAUCACCGUCAAGUCCGUCCCUGACGGCGAAAACCGCGGGACGCGAUACGUCGUGCGUCACGUCCAGUCCGAUUGCAUCGCGCACUAUCAAAUCGGGAAGUGGGAGGCGGACGCGGACCUCGCCGUCCUCGCGCAGCUGACCGAUCCGGACGAGCCCGGGAAGACCUUGGGAGCCAAGGACGUCCCGUCCUUGGCCGAGAUCGCGUACGAGACCAAGAUCACGCUCAAGAGGCCGCCCAUGGGCGCGUCAAAGUUCGAGCUCAAGUCCGGCGACGCGAACGAGAGGGGCCGGGGCGAAUGCGGGUACGAGCUCGUGUCCCCGAAGCUGGACGUGGGGAGGGAGCACGCGGGGUACCACGCGCUGAUGUGGGUGAGGCGCGACGGGAAGAAAACCAGCAGGCUCGUGGCGGUGAAGCGGCUCGACGAAUCGGUGAAGAGGCUCGGCGCCGGCGACUAUCCCGAUCCGGAGGACCCGAUCUCCCGGGGGAACUUUCUCGGCGUCGCGGGCGGGUGA